AUGUCGCGCCUUAUCGUUAUUCUCGGCAUUACUGGUGUGCAAGGAAGCUCUGUUGCCGAUGCGUACCUUUCGAGUCCCGCUUGGAAGAUCCGCGGUGUGACUCGCAACGUUGCCUCCGAUAGUGCAAAGAUAUGGGAAACGAAAAGGGUUGAGAUGGUCAAGGGUGAUCUGGAUGAUGUGGAGUCCUUGAAGCAAGCCUUCGUGGGGGCCGACAUCAUCUUCGGCGUUACCGACUUCUGGACAAUUUUCAAGGAUCCAGAAAGCCUCAAAAAGAAGAAGCCCGGCCAAACACUCGUGGAAUAUUGCUACGAUGUUGAGCUCCAGCAGGGGAAGAAUAUUGCUGAUGCGGCGGCCACUAUUCCUAACCUCUCCCGAUAUAUCUUCAGCUCAAUGGCCCAUGCUAAGACUUCCAGCAACGGCAAGUUCGCUGAGAUCUAUCACAUGGACUCCAAAGCAGACGCUACUAUCUAUGCACAGAGCAUCCCGGCCCUGGCUGGAAAAUUCUCGCAGAUUCAGGCGCCGAUUUAUUUCCAGCUCCCUUGGGCAUGGGGACUUCCUACAACACCGCAAAAGGCAGCCGAUGGCACCUGGAGAAUGGCAGGAAUUGGCCCCAGCAACAAGGGCAUCCCGUUCGGACAUGUUCGCAAAGAUUUCGGUCCUUGCGUCAAGGCAGUUGCCGAGUCCGAGCCUAAUACCAACUUGUUUGCUGUUGGGGAAUAUGUGUCGUGGUCCGAUUAUCUUCGAAUCUUUUGCGAAAGUCAAGGCUUCAAGUCUGGUGGCUAUGAAGAGCUUUCCUACGACAAAUUCUGCGAAUUGCUCCCCGGAGGCCUUGGUCACGAAUUCGCUCACAACGUACUAUUUUCCCAUGAAUUUGGGUACGAAGGUAGUGACCCUGCCGUUGUGCGACCAGAGAAGUUUGGUCUGAAAAUGACUUCGUUCAGCGAAUAUUGCCAAGAGACUGAUUUCGGGGCACUGAAAGGUGGAAUGUGA